UACAUAAUACCUUUUUCACAAUUUCCUAGCUGAGGACGUUCUACGGUGCCUCCUUUGUGCCAGCCAUAUUGAGCCGCUUUUUGUUUGCUAAAGCCAUAAGGUUAAGCUUUACCCCAUUACUUAGAUAGCACGUUCUGGCGACUAAUUUUGUGAGGUAUUCGAGGGCAUCCUAGUAGGUCGUCUGACCAACUAGUCAUUCGCGCACCUUUGUUACCUGGACUUGCAAAGGCGUUCUCAUGGCUGCGACCAGGAUGCGAUCUACUGCUUGCCAGUUUCUCCACUUACCUCUUGAGCUUCAGCUGCGCGUGCUGGAGCAGCUCGGGGGACCCGACCUCUGUGCUGUAGAGGCAUCAUGCCGUGACUUGCGGCGCCUGGUGUCUUCAAAUGGCUAUCUUUAUCAGCACGCACUUGCUGAGGAAUUUGGACCUUCUAUUGCUGCACGCGCCUCUACUACAGACUGGAAAGCACUAUAUGUGCAAGCGUUCGUCCAAGCACGUCUUGAUAUACUUGAAAAGCAAAGAUGCGUCUACAACUCCUUGAAAGUCAGAUUAGAGGAACUGGACGGCUUGUUAGAGCAAGCUGACGACGUCAAGGAGCAUCUAGGCGCGCCGGAGCUGCUGAUGGGAGACUCCAUGGUGCUGACCAUCGUCAGCAGUAUGGAACAGGACGUGCUGCAGCUACGCUGGGACGCCUCCGAGGACCUGCUGGUGGCGGAGGCCAAGGUGGAGCAGCUGCAGAGCGAGCUGCAGGACCUGCUGUCCAGGGUGCCCGGCUGCUGGCGGGCCGCGUCGCUGCAGGUGGCGGCGGCAUGUUGCACCAUCGCCUAGGAGGAGGAGGAGAGCUGAGGCUGGCGCGUUUCGUUGGGUUGUUCCGGGGUUUGUUUUGUUGGGUUCUGGGGCUGUUGGGUCCGUUGCUCCCGGCAAGUAUGGGUUGAAGGGAGAGGAAACUCCGUCUCUUCUUCUCUUUGGCUACCACGGAAGUUGAACUUGCUCUUGGCUCUGUUGGUGCCGGACCAGCGGCUCAAGCCCUUUUUGACGUUGGAUGGUUGCAGUAACACGACAUGCAUGGACGCAUGGCAAUGGCUAUGUACAUUAUGCCAUUGCCAAGCGAGCGAGGCGGGGGUCCCUAGCUAGCUAGCUGGCUGCUACCUGCCAGUGCCGGACCUCCUGCCUGUACAGAAGCAGCAACGUUGGUAGGGUUAGCCUUGUUGUUGUGCCGUUGUCGUCAGCGUGCGCGUCAAUAACUAACGCGCACGCGUAGUGUUGCUCCCGCCUGGCCUGGGUCUUGUUUGCGUCUGGUGAAAGCGUGUGCGCUGUCCUGAAGGUGCUUUUGACUUUUACUUCCGCUUGGUCUUAUUGCGGCGGUUCACACUAGGACGGAAACGGCGGUUCCCAGUGGGACGGAAACGAACAAACAGUAUGUUUGGGGACUCACCUGAGCAUCAAUUUGCGGGAACAAGAGCAUGUGCGUGUGGGUAAGGACAGUGCCGUCCUUACCAACCUUCGGCAUCUAAGUUGCGGUGCGAAUUUUCAUGGUACUUGUUGCGGGUGGCGGCCCUCCUAGUGUGAGGGCGAGUAUCGAAGAAACGACGGCGCUAGCUGGUCUUACGGUAUUGCUAAUGAACUGAGCAACGACCAUGUCUCGCGGUCAAUCCAUGUCGUUUUGAGCAUCGUGUGUGCGUAGUGUGUUGUUGCAGUGUGCAUUGUUCACAAGUGUGGCGCGUUGGCCAUCGUCGCGGGGUUGUAUGCUUUAGGGAAUUUUCACCAAGGUAAUGCCUCCCUGAGAGGAAGAGUUCGUGUUGUGUGUGUGAGUUGGACUGUGUUGAGCCCAGGGUAGAGACAGAGCACAGGACCAAGCAUCUAUCUGGAAGAAGAUACGAGGGAAAGAGGGAGGAGCGGAAGUGUGCCCUAUUGGCGCGUUUUGAUGAUAGCGUGUUUCCCAUGCCUAAACUGGCACCAGGGAAUGCACGAGCAGCGCCCCGAGGAGCUGUCGAUGUUGUACAUCAAAUGUACGUCAAGUGGCAUUCCAUGUCAUAUGUUUUUGCAGCCCUCUUGUCACGAGUAGUCACGGUUUGUCCUGGUUGUCUUGGUGGAUGUUGCUUGCAGGCUUUUGAAGCUGUUGCCAAUGAUGAUGAGCCAACAUGUUCCCUGCGUUUAGACCUCGCCACAUCUGACUCGGCAAGCCGAACCUGGGCCAACAUGGUGUCGGGUUUGCUUUCAUUGCUGUAUAUUUCUUUGCUUUUGCUGCUAUGCGCUACCCAAAUGUGGUUUGCUGUCGGCUUGGCCGAUUGACCGACGGAGCUGGUUGUGAGGGUGACAGGGAAGCGUUUGGGAAUGGAACAGGAAACACGGUUCGGGGGGUUGGGCCAUCUCUCCUCUCGGUUGAUGAUGACACCCAAUAGCAGAAGAGGGUGGCUGACGAUGUUUGCGUGUGUGGUUUUGCCUACUCGUACUCCUUGCAUAGCUCGCCUGCAAUCUCGCCGUCCGUACCGGCGCGUGUCACAACGAAUGCGUGUUGGGUACUGCCUGACGGGGGAUGGCCGUUGCGCCGUCGUGAGCAGUUUCGCGUAGGCGCAUUUAGGGCCGUUGGUUUCCGAACGGAGUCUUUGAUGGGCCGUUGGGACAGUGCCCUGUGUUGUUGUCUUGUGGACUUGCUUGGGAAAGCUGGUUGGUUUUCGAGCGAACAAUGACGCGCGCGGUUACAGUGUGGCGAUCAUGACUUCCUUUUUGUCCGUCGUGUAGGACGUCCUCAUCGCACCCUCUGACCGAGCCCUCUGCUGCUUUAUCCGCUGCGUCGUCCCCUCCAUGAAACCUGUGCGCGUUGUAUACGGAUGUGGUUGUGUACGUGUUGUAUGGUGUGCGAGAAGGCGGGUUGCUUGCAUGGGUGCGGCAAUCAAACAUGCGACAAUGCUCCAUUUAUCCUGUCCACGUCGCGGCCUGGGUUGGUGCUGUGCUCCUUCCAAACGUAUAAUGGCAGGAUUGGGGCGAGAGAGGUUGUGGAAAGGGCAACAGGGGCCCAAGUUGCGAACAACUGUCAUAAAUGGCUCACGCGCCCGGUGCAGUUUAUGCAUACGCUGUACAAUUUAGUGUAGAUGCUGGUUUGCUGCCAUUUUUUGUGUUCUGGUUUUGUUUCGGGCGUUGGCAUAUGUCGGGGACUAGAUUUAAUGACUACUUAUGACACGGACUGAGCACGACUUUCUUGACUCUUGGCAGUGUGGGGCGUAAUAUGGUCAUAUUUAAUUUGUGAUGUGGCAGCGACGCCUUUCCUAGAGCCCUGGCACGCCCGUGCGUGCAGGCAUGGGCUGGUAUGGCAAGCAGCCCAGUCCUCUUGACUUGGUCGCACACGAGAUACUCGAGGCGCGGCAUUUGUGUGGUUAACGUUUACGUAUGUAGUAGCUUAUGGUUCGGUACCUGUCGUACGAGUGUGUUGGGUUUUCAUACAUGUUCAUGUGGUGUGUCAGUAUGGCUUUAUGGUUGUGCUGCCUAAAUGUCGUCGUUCCUACCUUGCAUGCACUCGAGAGGGUCGCCGCUUGCGGUGCUCAUAUCACCUCUCGCCCUCGACUGCUGUCUCGCUGCUGGCAAGUAAUAAGGGCUCAUCUACAGCCGUUAUUUGCCCAGUCAUGCGUGGAGUACGGCGGUAAUAGCCAAGUCGGUUACCUGGAGUUGUAAACUGGUGUGCUGCCGUGUUCCAUCUACAUACUCGCAAAAACUAUUUUAGUACGAACACAAUUGGGCAUCUCGUGCUGCGUCCCCCCCGUUAUAAUGGGGAGUACGAUUUGGAUUUGCGUGGGGACUUGUGUUGCACUCCCUUGAUAGACCCGGGACAUCUGAGGAGUUCGCGUUUUUAAGCUUGUUUUCACUGAAC